AUGCCCGAUACAAUCCCGCUGAUCACGCUCGAGGAGCAUUUCGUUUCCCACGCCGUGGUAGACUAUUACGAGAAACAAGGCAAGGGACAGGCGCUGCCACCAUCGCACAAAAAGGUCAUGAAGGCCCUACGCGAGGUUGGACCUGUACGCCUUCAGUCGAUGGACUCAGGACGCGUGAGCAUCCAAGUGAUAUCUCACCGGCCAAACGCAAUCCCCAUUCCCCCUGAAGUCUGCCGCGCAGCCAACGAUGAGCUACACGAGGCGAUCAAAUCAUCACCGUCGCCUAACCGGUUCGCCGCCUUUGCCAUGCUGCCGACCCUCUACCCUGAAGACGCGGCCCAGGAACUCGAGCGGUGCGUGACGGAGCUCAACUUCGUCGGGUCGCUGAUCGACAACAGCGUCGACGGCCGGUUCUACGACGACCCCGACUUCUGGCCGAUAUUUGCGGCCCACGAACGCCUGGACGUCCCCGUAUAUCUGCAUGCGCCGCCACAUCCGCCCAGCGAAACAUCACCGUUCCAGGGCAACUAUGCACCGCAGGUGACGGCGUUUCUCGAGAACCACGGCUUCAACUGGCACACGGAGGUGGCACUAGGGGUGUUGCGACUGUUCGCGUCCAAGCUGUUCGACGAGCAUCCGCACCUGAAGGUCCUGUUGGGCCACAUGGGCGAACUGCUCCCGUACGGGCUGGACCGAAUGCACAGGCUGAUCCAGCGGACGUGGCCGGCGUCGGCGCGCCCGCGGCGACACCUGAUGCAAGUCUGGCACCACAACAUCUACGUGACGACCAGCGGCAUGUUCAGCCUCGCGCCUAUGGCCUGCCUGAUCCACAUGUGCUGUGCCGACAAGGUGCUGUACAGCGUCGACUACCCUUUCUGCAGCAACGAGGAAGGUCUGGCGUUUAUGGCCCAGCUGCGCGAAAGCGGCAUGAUCAACGAGCAGGAUUUCCUCGACAUUGCGUACAAAAACGCCGAGCGCUUGUUGGGUCUUCGUGUCCCUGAGGAUAAUCAGGUGGGUAUAGAAGCCACGGCGGACGAUGGCAACGUUAUGGCCGGGAGCGUAAGGCUUCGCCCGUGGCUGUCCACAGAAAGCUCCAAUGGAGAGGGGAGUUCCCCGUUCCCGCACUCGCCUCUCGAAACAGUCCAUGAAUGA